CCAGCAGAGCAAUUCCGCCAUGAGAGCUGUCAUAGGCAUGUGGGCGUAACAAAAGCUAUUUUUAUAAAUAGAAAAACUUCCAAUACUUUCUAAAUGUGAACAAUGUAUUUUUUGAAGUGCUUUUUGUUUCUAUUUUGUUUGCUGAUAUUUUACGUACUCAAGUCAGCUGAUGCCGAUGGAAAACAUAUAGAAGCAAACCCAGAUGCUAAACGACUCUAUGACGACCUUCUUAGCAAUUACAAUCGAUUAAUUCGGCCGGUGUUUAAUCAUACGGAAACUCUUACAGUAUGGCUCAGUUUGAAACUAUCGCAGCUCAUCGAAAUGAAUUUAAAGAAUCAAGUGAUGACAACAAAUUUAUGGGUUGUUCAGAAAUGGUUUGAUUACAAAUUGAAAUGGGAACCAGGAGAUUAUGGAGGAGUUGAAUUUCUUUACGUACCAUCAGAACAUAUAUGGCUUCCGGAUAUCGUACUUUUUAAUAAUGCUGAUGGAAACUAUGAAGUUACUCUAAUGACCAAAGCAACUCUAAAAUACACAGGCGAGGUUAAUUGGGAGCCACCCUCAAUAUAUAAGUCAUCGUGUGAAAUAAACGUUCAGUAUUUUCCUUUUGACGAACAAAGUUGUUUAAUGAAAUUUGCUUCUUGGACCUACAAUGGAUUACAGGUCGAUCUCAGACAUAUGGACCAACUACCUGGUAGCAACAUAAUCAAAGUAGGAAUUGAUUUAACGGAAUUUUAUUUAUCGGUAGAAUGGGAUAUAUUAGCAGUUCCUGCGACUAGAAAUGAGGAAUAUUACCCAGAUAAUAAGGAACCAUUUUCAGAUAUAACCUUCAAAAUUACAAUGAGGAGGAAAACUCUGUUCUAUACUGUAAACCUUAUUAUUCCGUGUGUUGGUAUUACGUUCCUUACCGUUCUGGUUUUCUAUUUGCCAUCAGCUUCUGGAGAGAAGGUCACUUUGUGCGUCUCAAUUCUUUUGUCUCUCACUGUAUUUUUCCUUCUCCUGGCCGAAAUUAUUCCUCCUACUUCGUUAGCAGUUCCGCUACUUGGAAAAUACCUGCUAUUUACCAUGAUAUUGGUCACGUCAUCUAUUUGGGUCACAGUAUGUGUACUCAAUGUACACUUUAGGUCUCCAUCUACGCACAAAAUGUCUUCGACAUUUCGCAAGAUAUUUCUUCAAUUCAUGCCUAAAAUAUUGAUUAUGAGAAGAACUACAUAUUCCAUUCCCGAAUAUGAUGAUCGACAGCCCCCUAGAGGUUAUCUAACUGCAGAGGUGGAACUCAACAUGGGAGAACCGUUUACUUCAGAUUUCAAGAUUACCACUGAAGAUCCCAGUUGUGUUUUGCAAAACGCUGAUCCAGACGAUUCAAAUAAAAUGAAAGCUCAUUCCUCAAUGGGAGAUUCCUCUACGAACGUAACUCAAAAAAGUUUGUCCGCAAACGUUCUAGCUGCCUUAGAAGGAGUCCGAUUUAUUGCUCAACAUAUUCGUGAUGCUGAUAAGAAUAAUGAGGUUAUAGAAGACUGGAAAUUUGUGUCUAUGGUUUUGGAUCGAUUUUUUUUAUGGGUUUUUACGAUUGCCUGCAUUGGAGGAACAGCAGGUAUAAUUUGCCAAGCCCCUUCAUUAUACGAUACCAGGACUCCAAUUGAUCGGAUAUUGACAGGAAUGAAUUUCAGCAGGGUUCUCUAUGACCAAUUGCCUCCCUUGCCAGGAGGAAUACCACCAAUUUAAAUUUAUUUUAGCUUGGUACUGUAAUUUGCUUGAUACGGCAGGUAAUCCAAAUUUGUUCUAGAAAUUUGUCUCAACUGAGCUUUUCGCAAGACACUUAAAAUAAUUAUGUCGCCAAUGUAUCAAUACAGCGUCAAUCGACAGCACUCCAAGCGAGUUCUCAAUUUGUAACUGUAUAAAAGACGAAGGCAUCCACUUAUUUAAUGUUUGGCCAAUAUCAAUGGCGUAUAAGCGAUUUGUGGCGAACUGUAUCCGCCACAGGUAGGCCUGGGACGAAACGCAUGGUGCAUCAACUCGCGCCAUAAAUUCAAGGAUACUUGAUGGUGGUGCAAUAAUGUUAGAAUAAUAAACCGAUUAGGGAAUAUAUAGGGUGAUUCACAAUAAUAAACAAGCAUUUUGUAAGGAAAUGUUAAGGUAAACGAUCCGAAAACUGUUCAGAUUUAAGGACCUCCUGCCAAACAAAUGCAAUUUCUAAAUGACCCCAAUUUAAGUAUUAAUUUAAUAACUUCGAAACUUGAAUUUUGACCGACCUAAAAAAUUUUUUACACAAUUUUUAACUCAGUCUUUAUCAACGUCUCUAUGCGAAUAAAUAUACCUACGUUUUAGCCAUUGUUAAAAACUAGUAGAUAUUUAACAUAUAUUUAUCAUUUUCAGUAAUGUUCAUUUCUUCGUUAAAUUAGUUUUAGUGCUAGCGAUAUGGUUUUUCAUGAAACACGCUCAUUAUGUCAAGACGCAAUUUACAAACAACAGUAUCAAUAACUUUCCAAACAAUAAAAUAUUUCUGAUUUUUUCCUUGUUCGUUAUAAUAUACAGGGAAUUCCGAAAUUAGGCGGCCAAACUGAAACGGUGAAAUCUGCUCUCAAAAAUAAUAUAAAUUUUUUAAAUAAACAUGUAUCGAAAAAUGCUUCUUAGCGGAUCUACGCCUUCUUGAAGACGGGCCCAGUAGUAGGGUCUUUUGCAAAUUAUUUCGGUAUAACUUCAAUAAACAGUUGAACUUCAAAACGUAAGUUUUAGGAACUGUAGUAAUUUUGAUAUGCUGACACUAGAUCUGCAAUUAAAACUGUCAGAAUUUCAUCAUAGGCGUAUAAUUUGGGGGGCUACAAGUACCAAAAAAAGGUAUAACUUUUCUCUAAUAAAUCAAUAUUUUUUCUACAAAUUGAGGAAAUCUGAAGUAUUCUAAGGCGAAAAGUUACUCUUAAUUUACUUCACUCAGACGCACCGUUUGCCAACUAAAUGACUUUAAAAAUAUUACUGUUUUAUAAAAAUAUUACCAAUAUCCAUAAAUUUAUUGUAAGCACUUUUAGUUUUGCCGAGCAUGAAAAAACUAGUAAAUGUCUUCCUGCAAUUUUUUUGAUUAUUAAAAAAAAGGGUAAAGAUUGCACGAAGACAUGCAGAAGCAAGGAUUGCACCUUUUUUAUUAUAAAAGGGUACAUGAUUUAAGGGCCAACAGAUUUUCAAACACGUACAGAAUUUUUCCGUUGGAUUCUAAGCCACCAACAUGAUUUAAAAAACAUUUUACGGUCGAAUAAGGCAACCUUUUCAAGAGCCAAAGCAUUCAAUUUCAAUUCAGCAAGAGCGAACUUCCAACAGGUUCCCUUUCAAUGUAUGGGCAGGUGUCAUAGGGGAUAUCUUGUUAGGACCGAUUAUUUUACUCUAGCUCUCUGCUAGAAUUGCUAAAGGACAUUCCUAUAAGCACUCGGUCAGAAAUGUUCUUCCAGCAUGAUGGGACGCCAGCCCACUUCGGUCAGCCUGUGAGAAAUUGGUUAAACCAACAUUUUCUAAGCGGGUGGAUAGGUCGAGGUGGCCCAGUAAACUGGCCAGCUCGAUCGCCUGAUCUAAAUCCUUUGGACAUCAUCUGUGGGGUAAUAUGUCUAAUAUUAUUUAUGCCAUAGAAGAGUUUCUAAGGUGGAUUUGCCACCCAACAUAUUAGGAAAAGGUCCAGAGUGUGCAUUCAAGAAAAUGGAAAUGUUUUUGACUAUUUACUCCAGUAAAUUAGUAUCGCUAAUAAUAUUAACUUAAAAUAUCAAAUGUUUAUGGAUAGCAGUGAUAUUUUAAAGUCAUUUAGAUGGAAAAUGGUGCGUCUGAGCGACGUACAUUAAGCUUUUUCUUCGUAAAAUAUUUCAGGUUUCCACAACUUGUAGAAAAAAGAUUGAUUUAUAGUCUCAGAAAAAAGUUAGAGCUUUCACAAUCAGAACAACUACUAAUAGUGAUUAAUUCUCCAGCUGUUGCAUUUCAUAAGCACAUUAUAAAUUGAGUUUGAGCUUAGAGGGUUAACCAUAGCGAAACACUACAUUUCAACUCUUUGUCAGUUAUAAGUAAAGUAACAAAAUAUGUUCCAAUUUAUUUAGCAUUUAAAACAGUAAAAGUGAAUUAUUGUAAUACAGGUUGUCCACUGUUUCCUACUUAUUGCAAACUGUUAACUAAAUAUAUUCGAUUUCGAGUGCAAUGUAUAUUGAAACUAUUUUAAACAAACGUAAUUCAAAAUAGCCACAUUCUUUAAAAUCGUCCAAUUGACACAAUUAUUGGACAUAACUAAGUUACGAACUGAAUUAGAUUGACCUAAACGAGAAAAUCUGUCCUGUAUAUGUGCGUUCUAUUUUCGACAUUCUAGCUGAUUUCGAAUUUAAAGAUUUUUUACAUGAAAAGUUGUUGGUUAAUUCAGGAAUAUACAGGGUGUCAUGUUAGAUCUUUUUUGUACUUCUACCCCCCCAAAUGAUACGUCUAU